GACAACGUUUUGAGCGAAAACAGAUCGCUUAGAAAGAAGGAGUGGGAAAGAUUCAUAAAUGAUAUGAGUGACAAAUGUCAGAAAGUAGAUCAGACAUUCCAGGAGAAGGAAAACGAAAUACAGGAGUUCUACAUUGACCUGGAAAAAAAAUUGCAUAUUACGCCAUAAGAAUAACAAUAAUUUUGAGAUAUGCCACUAGAGUCAAUUGUGGAUCCUACUGUAACGAUAAAACCGUCUAAGAAAUUGUUAAAUUUUAUCUUGCACGAUGUAAAAGAUACGGAUGAUGCACCCGAUGGCAUCGCCUCCUUGCGCAAAUCAAAAAGACAUAAGAAAGAAAAGGUGGCAAAUGCCACGUUAAAAAUCGAGGACCUUAGAUGGUUGAAUAAAUAUCUAAAGGAACAUAGGAAAACUGAUGUGGAGAAGAUCUACCUGCAUGAACUUUUCGACGAUUCCGAUGUGAUAUUACCGACGCCGAAGGAGACUCCACGAAAUCCAGAAUUGGAGGCUAGAAUACAGAAAUUAACGGCGCAACAAAACACUCGGGAAUAUCAGGCUAUGACGAAAAGUAUCGAUUCCGUGCGGAAAUUCCUACCAGAGGACACCCUCGCGUAUCAAAUGAAGCAAAUGAACAAGCAACUGAUCGCCGUCGCGCAAUUUGUAUUUUCUGUGAUAGCUGGCUUCGCUUUUGGAUUUAUCGGGGUGGAACUUAUAAUCGGGGACCUAGACUUUGGAUUUAGGUUACUUCUAGGUAUAAUUUGCGCGCUAAUCAUAGCGCUGGCAGAGAUCUACUUUUUAGCUCUAAAAUUAAGUGAGAAUGGUUUCGACGUCACGUCCAAUUCUAAAAAAUUACACCAAGACUAACAUUCAAGCGUUUUCAGUUAUUUCAUUAUAUUGAAUAUAUUAUAGCAAAAAGAGUUUUAAAAUGCUGAUAAUAUAAAAUAAUACGCAAGCUACUUUCGCUAACUUUGUAUUGUACAAAAAUGUUAAAAAUGUACAUCGCUCUUCUAUGAUAAUUAUAUAAUAUUAGAUCCUUGAAGAUCAAAUAAAACAAGAUAUCAUGGCAUUAUUUAUUAUCAAAGA